CCCACGUAGCCUCUGCCACUCUAUCGACCCAGCCAUACAGCUACUCGCUGUCACACUGCGCCAGCGGCCGCGGCAGUAGCCCGCAGCGAGUGCGCAAAGCGGGAGGAGGAGCGCGAGAACCCAAGAAACCAACCAAGAACUGCGUCCCAUAAAGGCGCGGCCGCUUCAAUCCUUUGCUGCUCCCAUCCUCCGUCCAUACUUGCUCCUGGCUCUCCUCUCCCUGUAAUGUCAUCGCCGCCCCGGCGGUGGUGUCUCGCACUCGCAGCAGCAGCAGCAGCGAAGCAGCAGGAGCGGCCAUGACGGCGGCGGCGGCGCUGGCGGCCGCUUCCCGUGCUCUCGUCGUGCUUGUUCUCGUCGCCGUCGUCGUCGCCGACGAUGGGUCGACGCUGCUCGAGAUCAAGAAAUCAUUCCGCAAUGUCGACAACGUACUGUACGAUUGGGCCGGCGCCGACUACUGCUCGUGGCGCGGCGUCCUCUGCGACAACGUCACCUUCGCCGUCGCCGCGCUCAACCUUUCCGGGCUCAACCUGGGAGGCGAGAUCUCUCCGGCCGUCGGCAGGUUGAAGAACCUCGUUUCAAUGGACUUAGAGUUGAAUGGGCUGUCUGGGCAGAUCCCUGAUGAGAUUGGCGAUUGUUCAUCACUUAAAACUGUGGAUUUGUCUUUCAAUAGCUUAGAUGGUGACAUACCAUUCUCGGUAUCGAAGCUAAAGCAUCUGGAGAGCUUGAUAUUGAAGAACAACGAGCUGAUCGGUGUGAUCCCAUCAACGCUCUCACAGCUCCCAAAUUUGAAAAUUUUGGACUUGGCACAGAACAAACUCAGUGGAGAAAUACCAAGACUGAUCUAUUGGAAUGAGGUUCUUCAAUACUUGGGAUUACGUGGCAAUAAUUUAGAAGGAAGCCUCUCCCCUGAUAUAUGCCAGUUGACUGGUCUUUGGUACUUUGAUGUCAAGAACAAUAGCCUGACAGGGCCAAUACCAGAAACAAUUGGAAACUGUACGAGUUUUCAGGUUUUGGAUUUGUCUUACAAUAAAUUUUCUGGUUCAAUUCCAUUCAAUAUCGGUUUCCUACAAGUUGCUACACUAUCUUUGCAGGGGAACAUGUUCACUGGACCUAUUCCGUCGGUUAUUGGUCUUAUGCAGGCUCUCGCUGUAUUGGAUCUGAGUUACAAUCAAUUGUCUGGUUCUAUUCCGUCAAUACUAGGCAACUUAACAUACACUGAGAAGCUGUAUAUGCAAGGCAAUAACUUAACAGGACCUAUACCACCAGAGCUUGGAAAUAUGUCAACCCUUCAUUACUUAGAACUUAAUGAUAAUCAACUCAGUGGAUUCAUUCCUCCAGAGCUUGGAAAGUUAACAGGCUUAUUUGACUUGAACCUUGCAAACAACCAACUUGAAGGUCCAAUUCCUGAAAACAUAAGCUCAUGUGUGAAUCUCAACAGCUUCAAUGCAUAUGGCAACAGAUUAAAUGGGACCAUUCCUCCUUCAUUGCAUAAACUUGAGAGCAUGACCUACUUGAACCUGUCAUCAAAUUUUCUACGUGGUACUAUUCCGAUUGAGCUAUCAAGAAUCAACAAUUUGGACACGCUGGAUUUAUCCUGUAACAUGAUUACUGGUCCAAUUCCCUCAGCCAUUGGGAGUUUGGAGCAUCUAUUAAGACUUAACUUGAGCAAGAAUGGUCUAGUAGGAUUCAUACCUGCAGAAGUUGGGAACUUGAGGAGUAUCAUGGAGAUUGAUAUGUCUAGAAACCAUCUUGGCGGUUUGAUUCCUCAAGAACUUGGAAUGCUGCAAAAUCUGAUAUUGUUAAAACUGGAAAAUAAUAACAUAACUGGGGAUGUCUCUUCACUGAUGAACUGCUUCAGCCUUAAUAUUUUAAAUGUAUCCUAUAAUAGUCUGGCAGGUGUUGUACCUACUGAGAACAACUUCUCGCGGUUUUUGCCUGACAGCUUCUUGGGUAAUCCUGAACUUUGUGGAUAUUGGAUUGGUUCUUCAUGCCGUUCCUCUGGCCAUCAACAGAAACCACUAAUCUCGAAGGCUGCAAUACUUGGAAUUGCUGUCGGUGGGCUUGUUAUCCUCCUGAUGAUCUUAGCAGCUGUCUGCAGGCCUCACAGUCCACCUGUUUUCAAGGAUGUCUCUAUUAGUAAGCCAGUGAGCAAUGCUCCCCCUAAGCUGGUUAUCCUCCAUAUGAACCUUUCCCUUAUGGUCUACGAGGACAUAAUGACGAUGACUGAAAACCUGAGUGAAAAGUACAUAAUUGGGUAUGGAGCAUCCAGCACAGUCUACAAAUGUAUUUCGAAGAACCGCAAACCAGUGGCAAUAAAAAAGCUGUAUGCACACUAUCCACAUAGUUUCAAGGAAUUUGAAACUGAGCUUGAGACUGUUGGUAGCAUCAAACACCGGAAUCUAGUCAGCCUUCAAGGAUAUUCUUUAUCUCCUGUUGGGAAUCUUCUCUUCUAUGAUUACAUGGAAAAUGGCAGCCUCUGGGAUGUUUUACAUGAAGGUCCAACCAAGAAGAAAAAACUUGAUUGGGCAACUCGGCUACGGAUUGCUCUAGGUGCAGCCCAAGGUCUUGCUUAUCUUCACCAUGACUGUAGUCCACGGAUAAUACACAGGGAUGUGAAAUCAAAAAAUAUACUCCUUGAUAUGGAUUAUGAGGCACAUCUUACAGACUUUGGCAUUGCUAAGAGUUUAUGUGUGUCAAAAACUCACACAUCGACAUAUGUCAUGGGAACUAUUGGCUAUAUUGAUCCUGAGUAUGCUCGCACAUCCCGUCUCAAUGAAAAGUCUGAUGUCUACAGCUAUGGCAUUGUUCUUCUUGAACUGUUGACCGGCAAAAAGCCAGUGGACAACGAGUGCAAUCUCCAUCACCUGAUCUUAUCAAAAACGGCUAACAACGCCGUCAUGGAGACAGUUGAUCCAGACAUCGCAGACACAUGCAAGGAUCUUGGUGAGGUCAAGAAGGUGUUCCAGCUUGCACUUCUUUGCACCAAGAGACAACCAUCAGAUCGGCCGACAAUGCACGAGGUUGUGCGCGUCCUGGACUGCCUAGUACACCCCGAUCCGCCACUUAAGUCUGCACAGCAGCUGGCCAUGCCACAGGCACCUACUGUCCCGAGCUACAUCAACGAGUAUGUCAGCUUAAGAGGAACCAGUGUGCUGUCUUGCGCCAACUCGUCGUGCACAUCGGAUGCUGAGCUCUUUCUGAAGUUUGGCGAGGUAAUAUCUCAGAACACAGAGUAGAGAAUUGCAGAAAUAGUCAUCCGAUCUGGGAUUCAGGCGGCAGCUGCAGCUAAGACUGGUAGUGAAGCGAGCUCACGUUUUGUCCACAUGUUGGGUACCCAGAAAUUAAUAUGGGAUUCUCAAAGGGUGUGGCUGCUGUUCUUUACUGUAAAAAAUGCCACGAACUUCUUUCUUUUCCUCCAUCUCCUUUUUGUUUAACUUAGGUGGUGGUGAUGAAUCUCUCCGAACAAUCUGUAACAUUUCUGGGGCUGGAAUGCUGGAACUGUACUAAUCUGAAUAGUAUCUCGGUUUGGCCAAAUUAGCAGGGUGGAGUUUCAGUUUCAGCAUAUCUGUUUUCCACUUCACUGACUUCUGUAAUGGCAUCUAAUACAGUUGCAAUAUCAUAUGGUAUCGAGAGCAAGUA